CGAGAACAUGAAGGAAACGGACGUAUUUAUGCAGCAACUUGUGGACGACCUCAAUUUCGAGGAGUACAGCGGUGCUCUGCCCGAGGGAGGAACUUCUGCAGAAGACAACCUGUAUCCGACACCUCCGCUAGACUCAUCGCUGGCGCAGAUGUUCAGCGACUCCCGCUAUGCUGCUCAAGUUCCGCGCUACUAUUUGGACGAGCCGGCGUCUUGCGGCACUGUCGAUCUCAGUACCCAAUUUGAGCAUCUUAUCGACCAAAAUGCACUGGAAAAAAAGAGCACACGGGCAGAACCAUGCAAAGAUCACGACAUGUCGCCAGACUCAAACUAUAACUGGAGACAAGUGCUAGAGGUGGGGAUUCUGGAUGCACUGGAGUCGCCGCAGGCCACUCCCAAGCAGCCGUGUGAACAUCUAUCUCUGGCACAGGAAAAGACGCCCUGUCGAGGGCUGGACUAUUACCGCAUACAGAACAACAUUAGCAUCCGCGCGUUCGAGGCAUUCAACAAGCCAGACUCCAAGUAUAUCUACCUAGAGAACAGGAAGUAUGGCACGAACCUGUACGAGCCAGCGGUGAACCGCAAGCUGAAUCCGCAGCUGCUGGGGCACGAGACAGACACGGCGUCGCGCAAAAAAAGCGUUAAUACGGGCAACUUUGCUCUGUGUCCGUUCUGUCCCAUGACGCAGGAAAACAGCAGAAACGAAUUCCAGAAGCUGUUUUUCAAACGCAACGACAGCAACUAUCUCCAUCACAUGAUCCAAUUCCACGGGGUGUUUUCUAACGGCCGACUGGUCAAGGACCCUGCAAAACGGGGCUGGCUUUUUUCCAAAGAAAUGGCAGAGCCCGUGGAGGUGGUGGAGUGCCCGUACUGCUCGGAAUGCAUCACGCUCAAAAAGUACAAGGCCUCAAACCCAAACGAGCAUCGGCUACUCAAGUAUCUGCGGCACGU